GCCGCCGGCCGAGCCGCCCGCUGCCGCGAGAGGUGGGGCGGGGCGGCGAGAUGGCGGCGGGAGGCUGGGCCCCGCGCGGCGUCAGGUGACGGGCCGGCAAGAUGGCUGCCUUCCCCUGGCAUGCAAGAUCAAGAAACUACGUUUCUGAAUGUGAAGUGUACAAACUAGAAUCUGUACCCUUGGAUUUUGGUGACUACCAUCCACUAAAACCCAUUACAGUUACUGAAUCAAAGACCAAGAAAAUGAGCCGGAAAGGAAGUACUUCUUCUACCUCCUCCUCCUCUUCUAGUUCUAUGAUAGAUCCACUGAGCAGUGUGUUGGAUGGUACCGAUCCCUUGUCAUUAUUUGCAGCAGCUGCAGAUCCAGUGACUACUGCUGCUACCAUGGAUAGUACACGAAAGAAACGCGAUAAAGAUGACAGCUCAGCAGUAGGAAGUGACUUUGAACCAUGGUCAAGCAAACGCAGUGAAAUUCUUGCCAGAUAUACAACUACUGAGAAGCUCUCUAUUAACCUGUACAUGGGAUCUGAAAAAGGAAAAGCUGCAACUCCUGGCUCAGCAGUUUCUGAGAAAGUAAGGACAAGGUUAGAAGAACUGGAUGAUCUGGAAGAGGGGUCACAAAAAGAGUUGUUGAAUUUGACUCAGCAGGAUUACAUGAAUCGAAUUGAAGAACUCAACCAGUCGUUGAAGGAUGCUUGGUCCUCUGAUCAAAAAGUAAAAGCUCUAAAAAUAGUCAUCCAGUGUUCUAAGCUUCUUUCAGACACAACAGUAAUUCAGUUUUAUCCAAGUAAAUUUGUUUUAAUUACAGACAUUCUUGAUACAUUUGGGAAAUUAGUGUAUGAAAGAAUUCUGUCAAUGUGUGUGGACAGCCGCGCAUCUUUGCCAGAUAAUUUUUCUCCAGAGAGUGUUAAUGAUACAGCUAAAGAAACUUGCUUAAACUGGUUUUUCAAGAUUGCAUCAAUCAGAGAACUCAUUCCCAGAUUUUAUGUGGAAGCAGCAAUAUUGAAGUGCAAUAAGUUCCUAUCCAAAAUGGGGAUUUCAGAAUGUCUCCCACGAUUAACAUCUAUGAUUAGAGGAAUUGGAGAUCCACUGGUUGCAGUCUAUGCCAGAGCGUACCUUUGCAGGGUUGGGAUGGAAGUGGCACCACAACUCAAAGAAAACCUUAACAAGAAUUUUUUUGACUUUCUUCUAACGUUUAAACAAAUUCAUGGGGAUACAGUUCAGAAUCAGCUGGUAGCACAGUGUGUGGAGAUUCCCUUGUAUUUGACUCUGUACUCUCCUGCUAUAGACUGGAUUUUACAGUGUAUUGCAUACCGUGCUCCUGAGGUUCUGCUUACUGAGAUGAUGGAGAGAUGCAAAAAAUUGGGGAACAAUGCUUUGCUGUUGAAUUCAGUAAUGUCAGCAUUCAGAGCAGAGUUUAUUGCUGCAAGGUCUAUGGACUUCAUCGGCAUGAUUAAAGAGUGCGAUGAAUCUGGAUUCCCCAAGCAUCUUCUCUUUCGCUCAUUGGGAUUAAACUUGGCGUUGGCUGAUCCUCCUGAAAAUGAUCGCCUUCAAAUAUUAAAUGAAGCCUGGAAGGUUAUAACAAAGUUGAAGAACCCUCAGGAUUAUAUCAACUGUGCUGAAGUGUGGGUGGAGUAUACCUGCAGACAUUUUACGAAGCGAGAAGUCAAUACUGUUUUGGCUGAUGUUAUCAAACACAUGACUCCUGAUCGAGCAUUUGAAGAUGCUUACCCACAGCUGCAAUCAAUUAUUCAGAAAGUCAUUACUUACAUCCAUGAUUUCUCUCUACUUUUUUCAGUGGAGAAAUUCUUGCCAUUUCUGGAUAUGUUCCAAAAGGAAUGUGUGAGAGUGGAGGUUUGCAAGUGCAUUAUGGAAGCUUUUAUUAAGCAUCAGCAGGAAUCUACAAAGGAUCCUGUUAUACUCAAUGCUCUUCUGCAUAUCUGCAAGACGAUGCAUGAUUCUGUGAAUGCACUAACACUUGAGGAUGAGAAAAGAAUGUUAGCAGCACUGAUAAACGGAUUCAUAAAAAUGGUUUCGUUUGGCCGUGACUUUGAACAACAGCUGAGUUUCUAUGUUGAAGCCAGGUCAAUGUUUUGCAAUCUGGAGCCUGUUCUUGUCCAGUUGAUUCAUUCUGUGAACCAGCUGGCGAUGGAAACAAGAAAGGUGAUGAAAGGAAAUCAUUCCAGAAAAACUGCUGCCUUUGUCAGGGCUUGUGUUGCCUUCUGCUUCAUUACAAUUCCAUCUCUGAGCAGUAUCUUUGCACGUCUUAAUCUGUAUCUACACUCGGGACAGGUUGCUCUGGCAAACCAGUGCCUUUCACAAGCUGAUGCUUUUUUCAAAGCUGCAGUGAGCCUUGUUCCUGAAGUGCCAAAGAUGAUCAAUAUAGAUGGAAAGAUGCGGCCUUCUGAUUCAUUCCUCCUGGAAUUCCUCUGUAAUUUUUUUUCCACAUUAUUAGUCGUUCCGGACCAUCCAGAACAAGGGGUGUUGUUUCUUGUGCGAGGACUACUAAAUGUGAUCCAGGAUUAUACUUGGGAGGAUAACAGUGAUGACAAAAUCCGGAUUUAUACCAAUGUUUUGCAUCUGCUGUCUGCAAUGACUCAAGAAACAUAUAUCUACCAUGUAGAUAAAGUUGAUUCCAAUGAUGCCCUGUAUGGUGGAGACUCCAAGUUCCUCGCUGAAAUUAAUAAACUGUGUGAAACGGUGAUAGCACAGAUCCUGGAUCAUCUCAAAACCCUUGGAAAAGAAGAGACUCUGAAGCGACAGAGCCAGUUAGCGCUCUAUUUCUUUAACACUAUUUUAGCUCAUGGAGAUCUACGAAACAACAAACUAAACCAGCUUUCAGUCAAUCUCUGGAAUCUUGCUCAGAAACAUGGCUUUGCUGACACCAAGACCAUGGUAAAAACACUAGAAUACAUCAAGAGGCGAGGCAAACAACCUGAAAUGAGUCACUUCACGGACUUGGCCCUUCGACUUCCCCUGCAGUCCAGGACCUGAUGAAUGCUUCUUUUCCAAGGAGAUAUCUGUCCAGAAGGCACGUAGCCAAGGCCAUAAAUCACUGACUCUUCUAGCUUUUGACUGGAGCUCAGUAUUUUCAUUUUACUUACAGCAUGACAGAUUUAUUUGGACAAAGGUAAAAGUGUUCUGAGAGUGCAAUAACUUGACCUGAAUUUCUGUUUCCAGUUCUGUCAUUACAUGCUUAUUUUAAAUGCUAAUUUAGAUUCAGUAAAACGUAUUUUGAACUUCUGUGGUGGCAAAAGCUUUUCUAAACGUAAUCUGAUGUCAUUUUAGCAACAAAGGAAGAAGAUAAUCUGCACAGAUCAAUUCACUGCCUCCAGACUUCAUCUCACUAGGAGAAUAGUUUUUCUCCUGUGUAAAAAAUCAGUAUUUCAAUAUAGUAAUCCUAGUAAGUUGUCCUUCUACUUGGGAUGCUGCCAACAUUUGUAUGGUCAGUUCCAGUAAAAGAGAAAAAUGGCUGAGGUAUUGCUGUUCUAAUUUCUGCAGUACAUUUUCACAGAUAUGUUUAUGCUUUCACUUUAGUUCAGCGGCGUUUUGUAAAAUGGAGGGAAUCCUUAAAUGCCAUUUCAAAGGAAAAUAGAAACAUAUUCAAAGUGCUCCAUAUUCUCAAAGUGCACUGUAUCACUGAAUAAAACAGUUAAUUCGCAGUU